UUUAAACACGUCGCCGCCCCGCUGUCUGCUCAUGUUGUCCAUCGGGUGGAGUUUGGCUAGUAGACCGCAAGACAAAGAGAAGUGAUGGACCAGUGAAACCCUGCUGUACCGGCGCCGGGAAAACACAACGUGACUGAAGGUCUGUGUGACACUGAGCAGCAGAUCCCUGGAUCUUCACCUCCUGCUGUGCCCAGUUGUUUUUCUUUCAUUGUUUACAUCUCUCUCUCUCUCUCUCUCUGGCGGGAGGCUUUGCUCAGAUAACGUAGCACAUCUCCAGCAAGGACCGGACAUUAUCUCACUGCAGCUGGCUUUAACCCCAUAACACACCCCCUUUGCUGGAAAUUGAAAUAUCAGAAAGUGAUGGGAUGGUAAAAAUAAUGAAGUUCACCGAUAUUGCCCAUGAGGGCAAAACCAAGAUGGUCACUUGUACUUGUAUUGAUUCUCUGUUGAGUGUGAGGAGAAGCUCCAUCCCCUAGUCAUCUUGAUGAAGGCCUUUUUCUGACAAAAGACAAGGGCCACUUGGGGCCAGGAGGUGGAGUGUCGUACCUCCUCUGCCAUCUGCUCUCCCCUCUGAUUUCAACUAUUUGGUAGACUUCAUCACCAUCCUGACUGCAAGAUGGAGCUUUUCUUUAAUCCCUUCGAUAACUUGGUGUGUAUCCUCCUGGGCAUCUCCUUCACCGUGUGGUUCACCCUGCUGCUGGUCUUCAUUAUUGUGCCUGCCAUCUUCGGUGUGUCCUUUGGCAUCCGACGUCUUUACAUGAAAACAUUGUUAAAGAUCUUUGAGUGGGCCACUCUGAGGAUAGAGAGAGGAGCAAAAGAAAAGAAUCACCUGUUGUACAAACCCUACUCAAAUGCUAUCAUCGCUAAGGAGCCCACCUCCUUGGAGGAGGAGAUCAAGGAGAUUCGGCGCAGUGGCAGCAACAGAGACCUGGAUUCUGCCACUGAGUUUGAAAUGUCUGAUAUCUUCUAUUUUGCUCGGAGAGGAGUGGAAAGCAUCAUGGAUGAUGAGGUGACAAAGCGCUUUACCGCUGAGGAGUUGGAGUCCUGGAAUCUGCUAACCCGCAGCAACAACAACUUUCACUACAUCAGCCUGAGGCUGACAGUCCUAUGGGGGCUGGGCCUGCUGAUCCGCUAUGGCUUCCUGCUGCCUCUCAGGGUAACUCUUGCCUUCACUGGUGUAGGCCUGCUUGUGUUCCUCACCAGUAUCAUUGGGUUGCUGCCGAAUGGAAGCAUGAAAAACUUUCUGAGUGAGAAAGUCCACCUGAUGUGCUACAGAAUAUGUGUCAGAGCUCUGACUGCCAUCAUAACCUACCAUGACAGUGAGAAUAAACCCAAAAAUGGAGGAAUCUGUGUGGCCAACCACACGUCACCCAUUGAUGUCAUCAUUCUGGCCAGCGACGGCUGCUACGCUAUGGUUGGCCAAAUUCACGGUGGCUUAAUGGGGGUCAUUCAGAGAUCCAUGGUCAAGGCAUGCCCACACAUUUGGUUUGAACGCUCAGAAGUCAAAGACAGACAUCUAGUGGCCAAACGGUUGAAUGGCCACAUUGACGAUAAAACUAAACUGCCCAUUCUAAUUUUUCCAGAAGGUACCUGCAUUAACAACACAUCAGUUAUGAUGUUUAAGAAGGGCAGUUUUGAGAUUAGUGCCACAGUCUACCCUGUGGCCAUUAAGUAUGAUCCCAGAUUUGGAGACGCCUUCUGGAAUAGCAGCAAGUUUGGGAUGGUUAACUAUCUGUUGCGUAUGAUGAGCAGCUGGGCUAUCGUCUGCAGCGUCUGGUACCUUCCACCCAUGAGCAGAGAGGAGGGGGAGGAUGCUGUACAGUUUGCCAAUCGUGUGAAGGCAGCCAUUGCCAGGCAAGGGGGACUGGUUGACCUCCUUUGGGAUGGAGGAUUGAAGCGAGGAAAGGUAAAAGAUACCUUUAAAGAAGAACAGCAGAAGCUGUACAGCAAAAUGCUAGUGGGCACCCAAGAGGACCGCAGUCGCUCCUGAAGGAUCUGUGUGAAGGUGGACUGGCUCAGAGACCCACAUGGGCACCACUGACUAAAUAGGCAGUCAGCAGUGCUCCCUCCCUAUUGGAGCUCCUGGACCGGAAACUUCCCUCUCUGAUGUUAACAGUACUCCAUUUGGCUUCCUCAGUCACUGCCUCAGCUGGCAUGUUGUUUGCAUCGUCGUUACGGGUCAUUCUGAGUCUGCUGCCCUUUGUUGGAAUAGCUUGACAGAAGCCUUGCUUGCAUUAGAUUGAAAAUAAGGUGCGCACAGAAAUGGAGCAUUGUCUUCCUCAGUGGCAGUCUUUUGAGGGAAAAGUUGUAUUAUCUAUUAUUGAGUUCCUGUCUUUGUUUGAUAGUUUCAACUUUUUAAUUUUCAUUUUACUACCAUGUUUGUAUCACAGCUGUGUUAAAGUUACAGACCUGAUUAUACCUUGGAAGUAGAAGAAGGUUAUUGUAGAUAAAAACUAAUUUGUUCUAAAGGUAAAACCUGUGACUGAGUUGGGGUUUUGCAUGACUGGCUUGUGGCCAAUGUGAUUUUUGGCCAUAAAGCCAGAUUUUGUUACAUUUCAGAUAUUUUCAUGGGCUUUUUCCCCAGAGAAAUGUACUGUAUUUUAAGCUUUGUGUUUUACAUUAAGACUUGUAUCAACACAUGUGGUCACUACAGCAGUUGCGUUCCUGAUGAGCUCUUGAUAUGUUGUCAGUUUCUGUGCUUUUUUGUUUUGAUUUCCAUGGAAUGUGAAAAUGCUCACAUUAUGAAGUGGAACUUGUGCACAUACAGUUACUGUGAUGGAGGUUUGUGGAUUCAGGCUGAUGUUCCUGUUUCAGCUAAUAAUGGACUAAAAAAGGGUUUUAUUUAAGGGUCCAUUAAUAAGAAUUUACAUAAGAUGCUCUCAGCGUUGUCUCUUUAAGGCCCAUGGCUCACAGGUAGUGAUGUAGGAUUGUGGCCAUCACAAUUGGUCUCUUGACUAAAACAUUAUAGUUAUAAUGGCAAGCAGCUAAUAGCUAUUCAUACUAAUACACUUCCUAACAGGCAUCAUGUUUUCAUUGGCUUCCUGCUAGUUGCAGUGACCAUUUCGCCUAUUUUUAUUUUAAGUGAACUCUAAAAUCUAUUGUCCUCAUUUCCCCCUCAUCAAUGGUCUUUCUUCUAAUGGCAGCCUCUUCAAGGAGGCUUCAAAGAGAGACCGAGUGGCUGUAGUUUUGGACUCCUCGUCACAGUGGCAUCGAGGAACAUGGUGAACAGCCUCAGCUGUUUCCCUCCCACAAAGCUCUCAUCCCUCUAGUUGGCUGUAUCAGGGAUAGGCAUUUCGAUUGUGUCAGAUCUGUUCAUCAAAAUAAAUGUUCAAGAAUGUGACUCUA